AUCUCUGGACUUUCUUUGCUGGAACACGAACGUAAGUAUAGAUUUAUUGAUUUAUUGCUACAUUCGCAGUAAAGAUCAGCCUUUGUGUUUCCAUCAUCGUUUAUGUAUGAUUGUAAUGACGUUGUUUGAUAUUAGGACUAGCAGUAAAACUUUAUAUUCUGUAAAAAAAGGCUUUAUUUCCAGCGCCGCCUCCCAGAAUGCUUUGCAUGGGGACGUGCGUCUGACGUCACGUAUACAGAAAAUUCGAAAUGGCUGCACGCGGUAGGUGAGGCCCGAGCGAAGAAAAGUGGAAAAGAUUGUUAUUCGUCAAAAAACCCACACAACGACGGUCAUUUUUUCGCCGUGCUAUUGUAAAAUUGUCUUUUAUCUGUGUUUUGUGUUCCGGGGGACCCCGACUCCAGAAUGUGAAAGUUUCCCGCGUGAAGCCGUGGAGCUCGAGAUCCUGUUUACUGUGGACUAGCUGUGUGUGACGCCAUGUUGUUUUUGUUUCCAUUACAAAAAAAAGCUCCACCGUCUCGCCGAGUGCCAGCAAGAGUCAUGAGUACUUGUCAACUCGACUCCUCAACUGGAGAUAACUUUCUAGCACCUCACCAUGGGGAAGGAUGUAUUCAUAUGCCUUCACCAGCACAUGCAUUUAACAUGCAGAGAGUUACACAAGUUCUUACCACCUUGGGGCACCAUUCAGACAACUACAAAGACGCAUUAAAAAUAAUGCAACAAUAUGGAAAGGGCUGCAACACCUCAGACCUGCAAUCUGAGGCAGAGAACGAGGAGCUGCCAGAAAAAAGAAACAGGAAGCCAGUGCAUCGUCUCGGGGACUCAGAUGAUAGCGAAGAAGACCCGGGAAAUAGUGACCUCACAUCUCUGGGGUUGGCAAGCCAAUUGCACAGGCAGACUCCACCGUCUCGCCGAGUGCCAGCAAGAGUCAUGAGUACUUGUCAACUCGACUCCUCAACUGGAGAUAACUUUCUAGCACCUCACCAUGGGGAAGGACACAUUCAUAUGCCUUCACCAGCACCUGCAUUAAACAUGCAGAGAGUUACACAAGGAACGGCAGUCCCUCCUCGACUCCCUCCACCCCCCUCACCAGCAGCCCUCAACUUGUGGCAGACCCAGGAGCCUGGAUCCAGCCUGGCCUAAAGGCCAACAUGGCGAGGGGGAAGAAUGGCCGACAAAAUUUCCUGCUCUGCGCCUGAGGUAAUCCAGAUCCUUAGCCUGCUGGAAACUAUUAAGCACAACCAAGACCAGCUGAUUGCGAAGGUAAACUUCUUAAGCCUUGAAUAGGUCAAUAAUUCAUAAUGACAUUGAUUUUGAUUCAUUAUUAUUUUUUAAAGAAAGAAACAGCCUACAUGGCAGCUUUGUGUGAUUAGAGUAAACAUUGCUACAUUUUCUUGUUACAUUUCACCUGUUUGCUCUUUAAAUACCACUUUUAAUGUUUUUUAUUUAUUUCGAUCGUAUUUUUUAAAAAUGUGCCCUGGGGCCGUUAAAAAAUGACCUGCAGGCCGCAAAUGGCCCCCGGGCCGCACUUUGGACACCCCUGGCCUACACGAAUACAAACAUAGAAUGAUAGUACAAAUAUAAUAAGAAAACAAUGUCAACCUCCCAAAGUUGGGUUAUGGAUAUUUAUUUAUGCCCCCCACCCCCAACCCCCCGCCGCCGUCAUCCAACAGAGCCAAACAAGUACUCUGAUCAAGGAACCAAAUAACGAUAUUGUUUAAACAUUUUGGAUGUCUUGCACACCUAUACCCUGAUCACAAAUUCAUAGUUUACGCACCUUAUUUUAACCACCUCUAGUAACUUUAAGUCUUUUUUUUUUUUUUUCAAAUGUAAUCUCCUUAAUACCUAUCACAUAUUUUGUAUUGUGUAAGCAUACUUGGCUUUGGAUGCUUCCUACCAUAAACAUAAACGUAUCUGUCUUGUAAUCUUGUUUGAUUACAGGUGCUGUGAGUAAAAAUGUGUUGACAAGGUCAGCCACGGACGCUGAGGUCACCAAACACGCCAUCAGGUGGUUCAACUUGGCGGGGGAUCGGGCAACAAGGAGACGAGUCCCGCUUCCACCUCCUCAGGAGGAAUAGAGAUGUAUAUGUAUAAAUAAACAACCUUUUAUUGGACUUCUUGUCAUUCACCAGUUAUUCAUUUUCUGAUAUGUUA